GCCCCCUCGGCCCUCGGCCCUCGGCCUUCGGCCCGCGCCCGGGCCUUGCCGCGCGCCCGCCGCUGUUCUCUGGCUGAGGCCCGGGGGGUAGGGCGGAUGGAGCAGCCUGCCUGACUUGAGUCCGGGCAGCAGUCCCUUUGGCGUGAGGCGCGUUGCCGGUCGCCAGAGGCUUGCCAGUGCGUGGCGCCGCCGUUCGAUCCGCUCCAGAGCGCGGUGAGGUGGAGCGGGCCGGUACCGUCCUGCUUUUGUGUUUCUAACAUUCCCACUCCCCCCUGCCCGCCCCUGUGGCCGCGAAGGCAGCCGAGGCCGAGCGGGUCUUGUAGUGGGGCUCGUGGAUUAACCAGACUGACUGAACGGUGUGAGGGUAAACAGGGUACGUUUUAUUCAGACGCUUCUGGAACGUGGAAAUUCUCUUCUUUGGGAAGAACCAUCCCCUCUUUGGGCUUCAGGGGCCCAGACUGAGGCGCAAUGAUGAGAGGAUGUGGUGGUCCACUCUGAUGUCAAUCUUGAGGGCUAGUUCUUUUUGGAGGUGGAUAUCUGCUCAGACAGUAAGAAUUAUAAGAGCUCUGAGAGCUCAUUUUGAAGGAAUAAUGGAUGAACCAUCCCCCUUGGGCAAACCUAUGGAGCUGAACCAGCAUUCCCGAUUCAUAAUUGGUUCUGUGUCUGAAGAUAACUCAGAGGAUGAAAUUAGCAGCCUGGUGAAGCUGGAUCUGCUGGAGGAGAAGGAGGGCUCUCUAUCACCAGCUUCUGUUGGCUCAGAUACACUCUCUGAUUUGGGGAUCUCCAGCCUACAGGACGGCUUGGCUUUACACAUGAGGUCCAGCAUGUCUGGCUUGCAUCUAGUAAAGCAAGGUCGAGACCGAAAGAAAAUAGACUCUCAGCGAGAUUUCACUGUAGCUUCUCCAGCAGAAUUUGUUACCCGUUUUGGGGGGAAUAAAGUGAUUGAGAAGGUUCUUAUCGCCAACAAUGGCAUUGCAGCAGUGAAAUGCAUGAGGUCUAUCCGCCGAUGGUCUUAUGAGAUGUUUCGAAAUGAACGUGCAAUCCGAUUUGUUGUUAUGGUAACACCUGAAGACCUGAAAGCCAAUGCAGAAUAUAUUAAGAUGGCAGAUCACUAUGUACCGGUGCCAGGAGGACCAAACAACAACAACUAUGCAAAUGUGGAAUUAAUUCUUGAUAUUGCCAAAAGGAUUCCAGUACAAGCAGUGUGGGCUGGCUGGGGUCAUGCUUCUGAGAAUCCCAAGCUCCCAGAACUUCUUUUGAAAAAUGGCAUCGCCUUCAUGGGUCCUCCAAGCCAGGCCAUGUGGGCUUUGGGGGAUAAGAUUGCAUCUUCCAUAGUGGCUCAAACUGCAGGUAUCCCGACUCUUCCCUGGAGUGGCAGUGGUCUUCGUGUGGACUGGCAUGAAAAUGAUUUUUCAAAACGUAUCUUAAAUGUUCCCCAGGAAUUAUAUGAAAAAGGUUAUGUGAAGGAUGUGGAUGAUGGGCUGAAGGCAGCAGAGGAAGUUGGAUAUCCAGUGAUGAUCAAAGCCUCAGAAGGAGGAGGUGGGAAAGGAAUCAGAAAAGUCAACAAUGCAGAUGACUUCCCCAACCUCUUCAGACAGGUUCAAGCUGAAGUCCCUGGGUCUCCUAUAUUUGUGAUGAGACUAGCCAAACAGUCUCGUCAUCUGGAGGUACAGAUCCUAGCAGAUCAGUAUGGCAAUGCUAUCUCUCUCUUUGGCCGUGACUGCUCUGUACAGCGCAGGCAUCAGAAGAUUAUUGAGGAAGCACCUGCUGCUAUUGCUACUCCAGCAGUAUUUGAACAUAUGGAACAGUGUGCAGUGAAACUUGCCAAAAUGGUUGGUUAUGUGAGUGCUGGGACUGUGGAAUACCUCUACAGCCAGGAUGGAAGCUUCUACUUUCUGGAGCUGAACCCUCGGCUGCAGGUGGAGCAUCCUUGUACAGAGAUGGUGGCUGAUGUCAACCUCCCCGCAGCACAACUCCAGAUUGCUAUGGGGAUCCCUCUAUACAGAAUCAAGGAUAUUCGUAUGAUGUAUGGGGUAUCUCCCUGGGGCGAUGCUCCCAUUGAUUUUGAAAAUUCUGCUCACGUUCCUUGUCCAAGGGGCCAUGUUAUUGCUGCUCGGAUCACCAGUGAAAAUCCAGAUGAGGGUUUUAAGCCCAGCUCAGGAACAGUUCAGGAACUGAAUUUCCGUAGCAAUAAGAACGUUUGGGGUUAUUUCAGUGUUGCUGCUGCAGGGGGCCUUCAUGAAUUUGCUGAUUCUCAGUUUGGUCACUGCUUCUCCUGGGGAGAAAACAGAGAGGAAGCGAUUUCAAACAUGGUGGUGGCUUUGAAGGAGCUAUCUAUUCGGGGCGACUUUCGAACUACAGUUGAAUACCUCAUCAAAUUGUUGGAGACUGAAAGCUUUCAGCUGAAUAGAAUAGACACUGGCUGGCUGGACAGACUGAUAGCAGAGAAAGUACAGGCAGAGCGACCUGACACCAUGUUGGGAGUUGUAUGUGGGGCUCUCCACGUGGCAGAUGUGAGCCUGCGGAAUAGCAUCUCCAACUUCCUUCACUCCUUAGAAAGGGGUCAAGUCCUUCCUGCGCAUACGCUUCUGAAUACAGUAGAUGUUGAACUUAUCUAUGGGGGAGUCAAAUAUGUACUUAAGGUGACGCGGCAGUCCCCUAACUCCUAUGUGGUGAUCAUGAAUGGUUCGUGUGUAGAAGUAGAUGUGCAUCGGCUGAGUGAUGGAGGGCUGCUCCUGUCCUAUGAUGGCAGCAGUUAUACCACGUACAUGAAGGAGGAAGUGGAUAGGUAUCGCAUCACAAUCGGCAAUAAGACCUGUGUGUUUGAGAAGGAAAAUGACCCUUCUGUGUUGCGCUCGCCUUCUGCUGGGAAAUUAAUCCAGUACAUUGUGGAAGAUGGAGGCCAUGUGUUUGCUGGCCAGUGCUACGCUGAGAUUGAGGUGAUGAAGAUGGUAAUGACCUUAACAGCUGCAGAGUCUGGCUGUAUCCAUUAUGUCAAACGGCCUGGAGCAGCUCUUGACCCUGGCUGCGUAAUAGCCAAAAUGCAGUUGGACAACCCCAGCAAAGUCCAACAGGCUGAGCUUCACACGGGUAGUCUACCACGGAUCCAGAGCACGGCCCUCAGAGGCGAGAAGCUCCAUCGAGUGUUCCACUAUGUCCUGGAUAAUCUGGUCAACGUAAUGAAUGGAUACUGCCUUCCAGAUCCUUUUUUUAGCAGCAGGGUAAAAGACUGGGUAGAGCGGUUGAUGAAGACCCUCAGAGAUCCCUCCUUGCCCCUCCUAGAAUUGCAAGAUAUCAUGACCAGUGUCUCUGGCCGUAUUCCCCCCAACGUGGAGAAGUCUAUCAAGAAGGAAAUGGCUCAGUACGCUAGCAACAUCACAUCAGUCCUCUGUCAGUUUCCCAGCCAGCAGAUUGCCAACAUCCUAGAUAGCCAUGCAGCUACAUUGAACCGGAAAUCUGAGCGGGAAGUCUUCUUCAUGAACACCCAGAGCAUUGUCCAGCUGGUACAGAGGUACCGAAGUGGCAUCCGAGGCCACAUGAAGGCUGUGGUGAUGGAUCUGCUGCGGCAGUAUCUGCGAGUAGAGACCCAGUUCCAGAACGGUCACUACGACAAAUGUGUGUUCGCCCUUCGAGAAGAGAACAAGAGUGACAUGAACACUGUACUGAACUAUAUCUUCUCUCAUGCCCAAGUCACCAAGAAGAAUCUUCUGGUCACAAUGCUUAUCGACCAGUUGUGCGGUCGGGACCCUACUCUCACCGAUGAGCUGCUAAAUAUCCUUACAGAGCUCACUCAACUCAGUAAGACCACCAAUGCCAAAGUGGCACUUCGAGCACGCCAGGUUCUUAUUGCCUCCCAUUUGCCGUCAUAUGAGCUUCGCCAUAACCAAGUAGAGUCCAUCUUCCUUUCAGCAAUUGACAUGUACGGACAUCAGUUUUGCAUUGAGAACUUACAGAAACUCAUCUUGUCUGAAACGUCUAUUUUUGACGUCCUACCAAACUUCUUCUACCACAGCAACCAGGUAGUGAGGAUGGCAGCUCUGGAGGUUUAUGUUCGAAGGGCUUAUAUUGCCUAUGAACUUAACAGUGUACAGCAUCGCCAGCUUAAGGACAACACCUGUGUGGUGGAAUUUCAGUUCAUGCUGCCCACAUCUCAUCCAAACAGAGGGAACAUCCCCACGCUAAACAGAAUGUCCUUCUCCUCCAACCUCAACCACUAUGGCAUGACUCACGUAGCUAGUGUCAGCGAUGUGCUCUUGGAUAACUCAUUCACUCCACCAUGUCAGCGGAUGGGCGGAAUGGUCUCUUUUCGGACUUUCGAAGAUUUUGUCAGGAUCUUUGAUGAAGUGAUGGGCUGCUUCUGUGAUUCUCCACCCCAAAGCCCCACGUUCCCUGAGGCGGGUCACACGUCUCUGUAUGAUGAGGACAAGGUCCCUAGGGAUGAACCAAUUCACAUUCUGAAUGUGGCUAUCAAGACUGACUGUGAUAUUGAGGAUGAUGGACUGGCAGCUAUGUUCAGAGAGUUUACCCAACAAAACAAAGCUACCCUGGUUGAGCAUGGGAUACGGCGCCUUACUUUCCUGGUUGCACAAAAGGAUUUCAGAAAACAGGUCAACUGUGAGGUGGAUCAGAGAUUUCAUAGAGAAUUUCCUAAAUUUUUCACCUUCCGAGCAAGGGAUAAGUUUGAGGAGGAUCGUAUCUAUCGUCACCUGGAGCCUGCCCUAGCUUUCCAGUUAGAGCUGAACCGGAUGAGAAAUUUUGACCUUACUGCCAUUCCAUGUGCGAAUCACAAGAUGCACCUGUAUCUUGGGGCAGCCAAGGUGGAAGUGGGCACAGAAGUGACAGACUACAGGUUCUUCGUGCGUGCAAUCAUCAGACAUUCUGAUCUAGUCACCAAGGAAGCUUCUUUUGAAUAUCUACAAAAUGAAGGAGAGAGGCUGCUCCUAGAAGCCAUGGAUGAGUUGGAAGUUGCUUUUAAUAAUACAAAUGUUCGCACUGACUGCAACCACAUCUUCCUCAACUUUGUGCCCACAGUCAUCAUGGACCCAUCAAAGAUUGAGGAAUCUGUGCGGAGCAUGGUAAUGCGCUAUGGAAGUCGGCUGUGGAAAUUACGUGUCCUCCAGGCAGAACUGAAAAUCAACAUUCGCCUGACGCCAACUGGAAAAGCAAUUCCCAUCCGCCUCUUCCUGACCAACGAGUCUGGCUAUUACUUGGACAUCAGUUUGUAUAAAGAGGUGACUGACUCCAGGACAGCACAGAUCAUGUUUCAGGCAUAUGGAGAUAAACAGGGACCAUUGCAUGGAAUGCUAAUCAACACUCCAUAUGUCACCAAAGACCUGCUUCAAUCAAAGAGAUUCCAGGCACAAUCCUUGGGGACAACAUACAUAUAUGAUAUCCCAGAGAUGUUUCGGCAGUCUCUGAUCAAACUCUGGGAGUCUAUGUCCUCUCAGGCAUUCCUUCCAUCACCACCCCUGCCUUCUGACAUGCUGACAUAUACGGAGCUCGUGUUGGAUGAUCAAGGUCAGCUGGUCCACAUGAACAGGCUUCCAGGAGGAAAUGAGAUUGGCAUGGUAGCUUGGAAAAUGACCCUUAAAAGUCCUGAAUACCCAGAAAGCCGAGAUAUCAUUGUUAUUGGCAAUGACAUCACAUACCGAAUUGGGUCCUUCGGGCCCCAGGAGGAUUUGCUCUUUCUCCGAGCUUCUGAGCUUGCCAGGGCCGAGGGUAUCCCACGCAUCUUUGUGGCAGCCAACAGUGGAGCAAGAAUUGGACUGGCAGAGGAAAUUCGUCAUAUGUUUCAUGUGGCCUGGGUAGAUCCUGAGGAUCCUUACAAGGGAUACAAAUAUUUAUAUCUGACCCCUCAGGAUUAUAAGAGAGUCAGUGCUCUCAACUCUGUCCACUGUGAGCAUGUAGAGGACGAAGGAGAAUCCAGGUACAAGAUAACUGAUAUUAUUGGGAAGGAAGAGGGACUUGGAGCAGAGAAUCUUCGGGGCUCUGGAAUGAUUGCUGGAGAAUCCUCAUUGGCCUAUGAUGAGAUUAUCACCAUCAGCCUGGUUACAUGCCGGGCCAUUGGGAUUGGGGCUUACCUUGUCCGGCUGGGACAGAGAACCAUCCAGGUUGAAAAUUCUCACUUAAUUCUGACCGGAGCUGGGGCCCUCAACAAAGUCCUUGGGCGGGAAGUAUACACCUCCAAUAACCAACUUGGGGGCAUCCAGAUUAUGCACAACAAUGGGGUGACCCACAACAUCGUUUGCGAUGACUUUGAAGGGGUUUUCACUGUCCUGCACUGGCUGUCUUAUAUGCCCAAGAAUGUGCGCAGUUCAGUUCCUCUCUUGAACUCCAAGGAUCCUAUAGAUAGAAUCAUCGAGUUUGUUCCCACGAAGGCCCCAUAUGAUCCUCGAUGGAUGCUAGCAGGCCGACCUCACCCAACCCAGAAAGGUCAGUGGUUGAGUGGAUUUUUUGACUAUGGAUCUUUCUCGGAGAUCAUGCAACCCUGGGCCCAGACUGUGGUGGUUGGCAGAGCCAGGCUAGGAGGAAUACCUGUGGGAGUAGUUGCCGUAGAAACCCGAACAGUGGAACUAAGUAUCCCCGCCGAUCCUGCAAACCUGGAUUCUGAAGCCAAGAUAAUCCAGCAGGCUGGCCAGGUUUGGUUCCCAGACUCUGCGUUUAAGACCUAUCAGGCUAUCAAGGACUUCAACCGUGAAGGGCUGCCUCUGAUGGUCUUUGCCAACUGGAGAGGCUUCUCUGGUGGAAUGAAAGAUAUGUACGAUCAAGUGCUAAAGUUCGGUGCUUACAUCGUGGAUAGCUUACGGGAGUGCUCCCAGCCAGUGAUGGUGUACAUUCCUCCCCAGGCUGAGCUCCGGGGGGGCUCCUGGGUUGUGAUCGACCCCACCAUCAACCCCCGGCACAUGGAAAUGUACGCUGACCGAGAGAGCAGGGGAUCAGUUCUGGAGCCAGAGGGGACAGUAGAAAUCAAAUUCCGCAGAAAGGAUCUGGUGAAAACCAUGCGUCGGGUGGAUCCAGUCUACAUUCGCUUGGCUGAGCGAUUGGGCACCCCAGAGCUCAGCCCAGCAGAGCGGAAGGAGCUGGAAAACAAGCUGAAGGAGCGGGAGGAAUUCCUAAUUCCCAUUUACCAUCAGGUAGCCGUGCAGUUUGCUGACUUGCACGACACACCGGGCCGGAUGCAGGAGAAGGGUGUUAUUAACGAUAUCCUGGACUGGAAAACAUCCCGGACCUUCUUCUACUGGCGACUGAGGCGUCUCCUGCUGGAGGACCUGGUCAAAAAGAAAAUCCACAAUGCCAACCCAGAGCUGACCGAUGGUCAGAUCCAGGCCAUGUUACGGCGUUGGUUUGUGGAGGUGGAGGGAACUGUGAAGGCCUAUGUGUGGGACAAUAACAAGGAUCUGGUGGAGUGGCUGGAGAAACAGCUGACCGAGGAAGACGGCGUUCGCUCAGUAAUCGAGGAGAACAUCAAAUACAUCAGCAGAGACUAUGUCCUCAAGCAGAUCCGCAGCUUGGUGCAGGCCAAUCCCGAGGUUGCCAUGGACUCCAUCGUCCACAUGACUCAGCACAUCUCACCCACACAGCGAGCAGAAAUCGUGCGGAUCCUCUCCACGAUGGACUCCCCUUCAACGUAGAAAGAGCCUCCUGCCCAUCCCGGCCUUGCCUCUGGAGAAAAGGGCUAGAUCUGCCUCUUCCAGCUGAAACCACUCUAAUGAGAAGGCACAGGAGACCCAGCACUGGAAUCCAGGUGGCAUUUUGCUUCCCCUUGAACGUUUUCAGGUUAUGCAUGACAUACUGGGAUAUAGGGUCACAAAGCCCCCAGCGGUCACACCCAUCCCAUUCAGUAUUUAUUACCUUAUCUGUGACUACAGCCCUCUGUCCCUGCCAGGACCUGCGAAGGCAAUGAAGGGUACAAGCCUGUACCAUGAGGUCUCACUACACAAAAGCAGGACUGCUGCUCCUGGCCUGACAGCUCCUGGGCCCCAGCCCGGGGAAGUGGGAGUUGUGGUCAGGCAGUCAACAGCCCUCCCUCACCCCUGGCCCCAUGAGCCUGCAGCCAUAGGCAGCAGAGGAGGGCUGGGCCCAGGAGGAAGCCUCAAGUCCAUCGUUUUGUUUUUUACCUUCACGUUCAGCCCGGUACGCACUAGGAGAGGAAUAGUUCCCAGUUUAAUCACAUCAAGGUACCUGUUUCUUCUUCGUGGAGUGUGAAAUCUUCAAGGUCCUUGGGACCUCCAAGAUGAGGGCAAAACCCUGAUCCAAGAAGAAGACCGAGUCACUGUUGUUGAUUUAGGGGCCUCAACUGUGGGUUUGAUUCUCAGAACAAACGGAAAGAUGGUUGACCGACCACUACCUUGCAUGUCCCUGCGAACCCAACUGUUGGAUCUGCUGGGAGCCUCGUGGGAGGUCCAGCAGACUGAGCGGGGCCAAAGCGGAGCCUGGGGGAUGGCCCUCUCCUUUGCCGAUAAGUAGUUAUUCUUGCCACGAGGGUGUGGGCCAGAUAGUCUCUCUUUUUUAGGACUUGGAAGGUUAUUAUAACUUAACUAUGAAGCCUGGAGCUUUGAUCAUUACAAAAGGUUACUAGUGCCUACAGAGUCACUCAGCUCUAUAUCCAGGGCAUCUCUCCUAGCAGCGGACGUCCCUCCUCCUUCUGGGUCUCGUCUCUUCCUGGGGUGUCUGCAAGCAGCAGGCACAGCUUGUCUCCCCAUAGCUGCUGAAAGGGACCCUGGUGACAUCUCUGCCCUAAGCACCAGGGACUGGCCUUCCCCGGUGUGAGCAGGCUUCCAGGGAACAGAGAACCCACAUGACCUUAAGAUCAUCUACAACUCUGUCAUGGUGCUGCUGUCUUCCGGGCUCACUGGGCCCUUCCUGGCCAGCGGCAGGAGCCUCCGCAUCAGUGGUAGAGACAGUUUAUUUUCAACAACCCAUUUACCCGAGGAGGAAAGAGUUUAUGGAUUCCCCUGUUGGUGUCCCUAAAGCCAGAGUGGCAGGUGAUCAAGGCUGGUGUAGCCUCCGGUUCUCAUGGUGCAGCUAAUUGCACGUGUCCCUGAUGACCAAGGAGGGAAUGAAUCACUAGGACAUUUUAGUGCGGUGGUAUGAAUACUUUUGUACACGCUACAGUUUUGAGCCUUAAUGCUAGAGUCUGCGCACAACGAGCCCCGCCGCCCUUCCUUGGGAAGUGCUUGUGCAGGUGGCCCCGGGAGCGGGCUACGUCACUGGCUGCCCGCUGGUGUGCAGAGCCUCGGUCAGGCGGCCCUGGUGCAAGGUGCCAGCGUUCAGCACCACCAGAGAGGGCAGGAAGAGGUGGGAACCACGUUCAGUCCCGAAAGAGGCAUCCACUCCUGCUGGUAUCACCUUAAGUAAAAACUGGAUUGGCCUUUGAUUUUUUUCCAUAAUUAGUAAAAUUCCACAAACCCCUCUGUUUGCCCUGGUGUUUCUCCAGAGGCAGGUGGGUCACACUCAGUUUACGUCUCCCCCUUGACCAGAUGAUGAUGAUGCAGUAAGUGAAUACGGUUCCUCUCUAGAAGCCUGCAUGGCCUGCUCCCCCGUCCCCAGAGCGCCUCCCUGUGGGUCUUCCCCUGGACAGGGCUUUGUCAUACAGAGCAGCCGGGAAGAGCCACAGACCAUUCCAUGUGCAAGGUUACUGAGCUCGGAGGAGUAGAAAUGAUGUACUGACCAAGACUUGCUCGAGUUGAGAUUGCCAUAGUCCCUUCGUUCACAAAGCAGCCUUCACUGGUCUCAUUGAGACUCGACGGACACAUACCCUGAUGAGCAAGGAGCAUCAGUCAAAUGUAUUCUUUUCACAUUUUGUUGAAAUAAAUGUCCACAUUUGUAGAAGA